AUGCCGCCGGUAAUGCCAUAUGUGAAUCAGUUCACUGGAGAUGCAUCCUUCUACCCGCCCUUGCGAAAGAAGGGCCGGAGCGAGCGCAGUGUGACACUGCACCGUCUGAUAGUCAUGCCAGAGAAUAGCAUAGAGGACCUCUUGCAGAUCGUCUCGGAGAACAUGCCUUUCGACACUGACAACUUGGCAACAGCCAUUCACAAGUUGGCCAAGUUGAGGCAUCGCUUUGCUGCGGUUGUUGGAUGUUGUUGGAUCGACCCUCGAUGGACCAUGCUGAUUAGCCAGGUGGUGGAGAGUGGCACGGUGCGCUUGGCUGAAAGUUGGGUCAUGUUGGGUCAGGUUUUGAAGGCCUUCAUUUGGCCCAUGCGGUUGUUAGCCUUGGUCGCUUGGGCGGUGGCUUCCCUGCGAGACCGCAGAAUCACCCCCUUGCUCUUUGAUAUCGCAGCAAAGCGGCUGGCCAUGGGCAACGUGCCGCAGGACUUGUCCUCAUUGGCGUGGGCAGUUGCCACAGCACGAGCCAAAGAUAGCGCGGCAGUGGCACUUCUGCGUCAGGUCUCUUUGGAAUCAGCAAAGACAGUGCAAAGCUUCGGUCCACAGGAUCUGGCGAUGUGCGCCUGGGCCUUUGCAAAGGUUGCGAUGCGCGACACACAGCUACUCCAUCUCUUCGCAGAUGAAGCUCUGGAAAAAUACACCGAACUCAACGGACAAAACUUGUCUAAUCUGGUUUGGUCCCUGGCAACAAUCCGAGAACAUCACGAGCCCCUGAUGGACGCUGUGUCGAGGACACGGGCUGAUACCAUCCAAGGCCUGGCACAGCAGGAGUUCUCCAACAUUGUGUGGUCCUUUGCCACACUGCUGCGAACCUCUGAGAUGCUGUUCCGCCGGACAGCGCCGCGGGUGGUGGAGACGGCCAGGGACCUCGAUUCGCAGCACUUGGCAAACAUUGCCUGGGCGUACGCCAAGAUUUCUCACCGUGAUGAUGGGCUUUUCUACGUCUUGAGCCGCGAGGCAAUGGAAUCGGACCGUAAGUGCAGCCCCUUGAACUUGGCCAACCUGGCCUGGGCCUUUGCUAGUGCCGGCUGGCACGGCGAGAUGUCCACCAGACGAGUCGGAUUGAGAGACCCCAAGUUCUUCCAGUGGAUUGCAGAGUCCGCUGUAGCCAUGUCGCCGCAGUUCACAUCACAGAAUUGCUCGAAUCUGGUUUGGUCCUUCGCCACACUGCGAAUUGGACAUCAGGAUCUCUUCGAAGCGAUGUCUGUUCAGGUGCAGGGUUGGCUGAUCUCCAACUUCGACCCACAGCACUUGUCGAAUGUGCUUUGGUCCUACGCGAAGUUAGCAAUAAAGAACCUUGACCUCUUUGAGACCACAGCUGAUGAGAUCGUAAAGAGAGGUGUCGAAUACCUGGCUCGAACGCCACAGAACCUCUCCAACACCGUUUGGGCCUAUGGAGUGGUUGUAUCAAAACCUCGACAUUUGAUGGCUGCAUUGCAGCACCAUCUCACAGCAGCGAGUGGCUUCUAUGACAAGCUGACUGAAGUCCGUCCUUUGGGAAAGAGCAGCAGGGCACAGCUGGCUAUGACUGUCUUAUCCCUUCACCACUUGGGCCUCACAGACAUUGCAUGGCACCUUUUUGACCAGAUCUCCAAGGAUGGCCUGCAAGCAGGCGGCGAAGCCUACAGCUACUGGCUCUUUAUUGCUGGAGAGACUCGCAACCCACAGCGUGAGAUUGAUGUCUUUGAGCAAAUGGCAAGGACGGCACACACGCGUGGCUUGCAAGGGGCCUGUUGGAAUGCUGUGGUUGUCAGAUGUCUGACGUUGGGAGAUGAGUCACGGGCACGGAGGAGCUUGCAGGUGAUGGACAUGGAGGAACUUUGCAAUCCGCUGUCUGAAGUCCUCCGGCAACGCUUGGGCUUACCAGCACCUCGCAGCGCUGUGGGGAACAUCGACUGGCGACGCCGAGAGAAAGAUGAGCAUGAGUGGGUGACCAAUUCCUUGGGAUUCAGCUUGCGACUCAACAAGAUUGAAUACUACAAGGAAGUCGGCACUUUGCACUACAUCCUCAGGAACGGCAAGCACCAGGAUGUGCCUGUGAUCCAUCGAGCCAUCGAAGCCUUCACUCGUGAGCAGGAGCUGUGGUUGAAGUUGGCAGGAGAUGAGAAAGGCGCUGUUCUGGACAAAGUCUUGGCAUUGCAAGGGAAAGCAAAGCUUGUUGUGGAGGUUGGUUUGUACGUCGGCUAUUCCUCCACCCGAAUGGCUUCGCAAAUGCGCCACUGGGGAGGGAAGGUGAUCUCAAUGGAGGUGGAUCCCUACCAUGCUGCCAUUGCUCGCAACACCAUCGAAUGGGCUGGGCUGACCGACUACAUCGAGAUUUGGUGUGGCCACAGCGAGAAUCUGAUUCCAAGACUGAAAGAGCGCUUGCCAGAGAAGUCCAUUGACAUCCUAUUCUUUGACCAGCAAGGAACGAAGAUGCAUUUGGACUUGCAACGCAUCGUUGACUUCAACAUGCUCUCUGACAGAGCCAUCAUGGUGGGAGAUAACGUGCUCCGACCCGGUGCUCCGCAAUUCAUGUACUGGAAUAGUGUCGCUGGACCUUACGAGACACAGGUAGUAUCCUUGCGAGAGUACAAGCAGGAGGUCGUCGAAGACUGGAUGAGCGUCUCCUUUUGGCUCCCGCAUUCUGCAGAGGCACAGAUCCCCAUGACGAUCCCGGAAGCGGUGGAGCAAUUGGGACAUGACACCGACGGCAUCCGUUGGCAAUCAGUGGAGUCCAAGGUCUCUGAACAGCAAUGGGAGAGCCACUCGCAGCGAAUGCGACGGGAAUUCGCGGCGUGUGGCAUCAAGCCAUUCGAGGUUGUCCCAUUCCAAGACGCAGAGGGCCGAUCACAGGUGUGA